AUGGGAGACCGCGCUGGGAGGCCUAAACCGCGUUUGGCGGGCAAGACAUGUUCAGUAGUUGGAUGCAAGAACUGCAGCAGCGAUAUAAAGGCCUGGAAUGAUGCUGUGUGUGCUCAACAUGCGCCCUUAGCGCACAGGGACUGCCCGUGCUUGGCACCGCUUUCGAUGCACCGUUUCCCCAACGGAAAGAAGAACGAAGAAAGGCGUCGGCAGUGGUUGGCGAACUUGGAGAGAAAAAACUUCAACCCUGGAAAGAGCGCAAUGGUUUGCUCCAUCCACUUUCCGGACGGGCGGCCAACCACCAUGAACCCCUAUCCUACUGAACACCUGGGAAAGGAAAACAAGAGGGUGCCACACAAGGGCAGGAGGACGGUGCUCAAAAGCGCUGCCAAGUUCACCACAAAGCCAUCAUCUGCUCCUGCAGUGAACCAAGGUGCCGGGGUGUCUCCUGUGGGACCACCACCUGCGGGACCACCACCUGCGGGACCACCACCUGCUGUCUCGGACGACGAGAGCACUGCCGAGGCUUCCAUCACUGCCACCUCACCGGUGACAUACAGUGUGCUGCACCAUGUAGAGACCAUGUGCUCAACCUGCGGCUGCGACUGCAAGAAGAAAACCAUGAAAGAGCAGGGCGUGCAGCCUUACGAAACCUGUGUUUGA